GCAGCUGGGCCGGGCUGAGCUCGCAUCGGCGCGGGAGAGGGGCCGGGGAGGCCCCACCUCUGCGCCUUCCUCUCCGCUCUGAGCCUUUCCAACCGGCCGCAGCCUCCCAGCGCCAUGGCCUUGGGCAGCUUCGUCCUCCUGCUGAGCCUCCUGGGGGUCCUGGGGCUGGGCGACCCCGGCCCCCUGGAAGACGUGGUGAUAGACAGAUACUAUAUCCCCAAAAUCUGCCUGCGGGAAGUCCAGAUGGGGGAUUUCAUUCGCUACCACUACAAUGGGACCUUUAAAGAUGGCAAAAAGUUUGACUCCAGCUACGACCGAGGGGCCACGGUGGCCGGCGUGGUGGGCGUCGGGCGGCUGAUCACCGGCAUGGACCGGGGGCUGCAGGGGAUGUGCGUGAACGAGCGGCGUCACCUCAUCGUGCCCCCCCACCUGGGCUACGGCAGCAUCGGCGUGGCGGGGCUGAUCCCCCCCGAUGCCACUUUGUAUUUCGACGUGGUCAUGCUGGACAUCUGGAACAAGAACGACAAGCUGCAGAUCACCACCUUGUCCAAACCCGAGCACUGCAACCGCACGGUGGAGAACUCGGACUUCGUGCGGUACCACUACAACGGCACGCUGCUCGACGGCACCCCCUUCGACUCCAGCUACAGCAAGGACAGCACCUACGACACCUACGUGGGCACCGGGUGGCUGAUCAAGGGCAUGGACCAGGGGCUGCUGGGCAUGUGUGCCGGGGAGAAGAGGAGCAUCAUCAUCCCCCCGUUCCUAGCCUAUGGGGAGAAGGGCUAUGGGACCGUGAUCCCACCGCAAGCCUCGCUGGUGUUCAGCGUGCUGCUGGUGGACUUCCACAACCCCAAGGAUGGGGUCUUCCUGGAGCACCUGGAGGUGCCGGAGUCCUGCAAGCGCAGGGCUGUGACCGGGGACUUUGUGCGUUACCACUACAACGGCACGCUGAUGGACGGGACGCUCUUCGACUCCAGCUACUCCCGAAAUCACACCUACAACACCUACAUCGGGAAGGGCUACAUCAUCCCCGGCAUGGACCAGGGCCUGCAAGGGGUCUGCAUGGGGGAGAGGAGGCGGGUGGUCAUCCCCCCCCACCUGGCUUACGGCGAGAACGGAGCAGGGGACAAAAUCCCCGGCUCAGCCGUGCUCAUUUUUGACGUCCACGUCAUCGACUUCCACAACCCGGCCGACCCGGUGGAGAUGGAGACCGUGUACCGGCCCGAGGGCUGCAACAUCACCACCCGCAACAGGGACUUUGUCCGCUACCACUACAACUGCUCCCUGCUGGAUGGCACCAAGCUCUUCUCCUCCCACGACUACGGCAGCCCCCAGGAGGUGACUCUGGGGACCAACAAGGUGAUCGAGGGGCUCAACAGAGGUCUCCUCGACAUGUGCGCCGGGGAGAGGCGGGUGCUCAUCGUUCCCCCGCACCUGGGCCACGGGGAGAGCGGAGCCCGGGGGGUGCCAGGCAGCGCCGUGCUCCGCUUCGAGGUGGAGCUGAUCUCCAUGGAGGAGGGGGUUCCCGAAGGCUACCUCUUCAUCUGGCACGGGGACCCGCCGGAGAACCUCUACGAGCAGAUGGACCUCAACAAGGACGGGCAGAUCCCCGCCGAUGAGUUCUCCACCUUCAUCCUGACCCAAGUGGCAGAAGGGAAGGGGCGCCUCAUGCCCAGCUCCGACCCCGACAAAGUCAUCGCCGACAUGUUCAAGAACCAGGACCGCAACCAGGACGGGAAGAUCACGGCCGAGGAGCUGAAGCUGAAGUCGGAUGAGGACCAGGAGAAGAUCCACGAGGAGCUGUGAGGUGCAGCCCCCGCUCCCCCCCGGGUACAGGACUGCCCUUUGCCACUGCCAUGGCCGGGCUCCCCAGGGAGCCAGCUGGGAACCUGCCCCUGCCCCUUGCGAGGGGAAAAAAAAAAAAGAAACAACAAAAAACAAUAUUUUGCCCCCCCAUUGUUUAAUUGAGGGGGAUUUGAUGUGUUCCUCACGGACACAAAAACUCACCAGCCCCCAGGUAACGCGCCCAGACCAGCAGGUGGGAAGCACCCAAACUCUUGGGCAUCUCGGUGCCCCCCGGGGGGGGCAGUGCCUGCAUUUCCCCACCCUGCCCCGUGUCCUCCCAUCCCCUCGAGCCUUGCCCCACGUCCCCUCUGCUGCCGGUUCUGCCCCCAGCCCUGCCUCGACCCCUCUGCUCUCGGUGCCCCACGGGGGGGUCAGGGCAGUGGCACCCCCUCCCCAGGCUGUCCCCGAGCUCCUCUCCCUUGUCCUUGGCCAGCGACUGCACCUCCUGCGAUGCCGCAGGGAAGUGGGGAUCUUCCCCUCCAUCUCAGCCGUAUUGCUGUAGUUUAGGGGUGUUUUUUGUUGGUUUCUUUCGUUUUUGUUAGUUUUAAGUACACUUAAAUACCAAUUCUUAAAGGAGAAGAGAAAUAAAGAGGGGCCCUCCCUGCUGGUCCCUGCUGCUGGCCCAGCCUCUGCUUCCCCUGGGACACGGGCUGGAGGUGGCUCAGGUUCCCAGGAUCAAACCCUGAUGCCCCACGGACAUCCCCUGCUUCGUGUCCUCCUCAUCCUCCCCACCCCACAGCCGCAGCCAGCAGGGAUGGAGAAAAAUCAGCCCCGUUUGGUUCUGAUGCCUAAAUGCAGCUAAUUGAACGGCGCUCUCAGGUCUGUCCCAGCACGUCCCCAUCACCUCCCCUCCGGCUCUGUGUGACCUCGCAGAGAGAGAUUAAAAAAGGCGAGACCAGAACUGUGCAAAGAGUUGGAGUGAGCCCCUCUAAUGAUGACAGGGCACCAAAUAAAUGAUUUUGACUGGUUUCCAGAA